AUGGUUACCAAGGAACUUGUCAAACGAUUUGAAAAUGGCAUUGGACAGUGCUAUCCAAAUACUGCAUUAGCUGGUUCUUUUGUUACAGCUGAAGUUAAUGAAAUUAUGGAUCCAAUGAAUAUUAAUGCAACAUGGGAUCGAGGUAUUUUAUUUAAUUCAACUGUUUAUUUCCGAAAAGGUUCAGUACGAUUACCAUCAGAUGUAUAUCAUAUGCUCAUUCGAUAUAUUAUGGAUCGAAAUAAUUAUCAAAUUGGACAAAGUGGCUUAUACAUUAAUAGUUAUCAAUCAGAUCCAUUUAAAGCAUGUUGGAAGAAUAAUUGUCAUCCGAAAGGAAUUUGCAUUGAUCUUGGACCAAAUGCUUAUCGUUGUGAAUGUGGACAAGGAUAUCGUGAUUUAAAUCCAUCGGAUCCUGGAAGACGAUGUUUACCUAAUACUGGUUAUAAUGAAUGUGAACGAAAAGAAGAUAAUGAAUGUUCUGAAAAUGCUCGUUGUAUUGAUCAGGAACAUUUAUAUAAAUGUGAAUGUUUACCAUCGUUUACUGAUGCAUCACCAAAAGAUGCAAUUGCUGGAAGUGUUUGUGUUUUGGAUUAUUGCUCAGAUGUAAAUUUCUGUCCAAGAAAUACGACAUGUAUGAAUGAGGAACAACAAGCAAUAUGUCAAUGUGAUCCGGGUUAUGUUGAUAUCCGGAAAAGUGAGAAAAGAACUCAAUUAUUUGAUCAGGAUAUUUUAUGUCUCAAAAUGCGUGAUAUUGAUGAAUGCGCUCUUGGAAUUACCAAUUGUUCAGGUGUUGCGGAAUGUGUUGACAAAGCUAUAGGCUAUGAAUGUCACUGUCCGGAAGGUUAUGUUGAUGGCAAUCCGGAAGAACCGGGAAGAGUUUGCGGUGCAUUACUUUGUGAUCUGUGCAAUUCGCACGGUGAUUGUGUACACAAUGCUUUGACAAAUAAUAUCACCUGUGUGUGCAGUGAUGGUUGGUCUGGUGAAUUCUGUGAUGUGGCACCAUCGAAAGCUUCGAUGAUACUACUUGUUAUUCUGGCAGUUCUUUUCCUUCUACUAACACUUUGCUGUUUGCUAUAUUUCUGCACGAAAUGUAUCUGUUUCAAGCGUCAUAAUUUAUUAUAUCGUGAACCAUUCACAUAUCGCAAAGGUGCUUGGCCUUGGUCAACCCUAGAAGCAUCAACAUCAAGCGAAAGUGGUGCUGAUUUUUCAGCAAUGAGUGCCGCAGGUCAUGAAUAUUAUCCUGAAAUUGGUAUCCCACGUGCGAAACUAAAAUCUGGAAAUGGUAUGAUGGAUGAUCAGCAUCAUCGAUCGUUAGCCGUAUCAAGACUUCAUGACUAUCUCGAUGAUGGUAUGCGUAUUCCACGUGUACAUCUCGAUCGUGAUAAUGAUGCAUUUGAUUCUACGUCACAAUCAUCAAGCGAAUAUACCAUACGUGAAGAAAUUAAACGACACGUGAUCACUGAUGUUACAAGAAAAGAAACCAAAAAAACAUUAACCACUGCUGAUAUUCACGGCACUACCGCGGAAUUUCACGUAUAUCCACCAAUUGAAGUUACAACCGAAUCACAUUCAUCAUGCCAGGUUGGAACACAUAAUUCUAGUUCAUUGCUGGAUAAAGAUGAACAAGAAAGAGGUGAAAGUAUAGCAGAAUUUAGCAUUGGUAAUGCACGACGUGAUUGGAAUGCAACAACGAGUAGAAACUGUGAAUUUAGUACGGAUCGUGAUUUGGAAUCAGUUAUUAGUGAUUCAGUAGCUGAAGAUGAAGUUUAUGAUAAGAAAACAUCAGUGAAACGAUCACAUAAUUUUGAACCAACUAUUGGAGGUGGUACUGAGCGCUAUCGGACCGAAAUUACUACAACGAAAUCAACAAAAGGAGUUUCAAAAUAUUAA